UGUGGCCUGAAGAAGAGGUUCCAGUCUGUGUUUGAAGGAGUCUCUAAAGCAGGAGAGUCCACCUUCCUGAACCAGAUCUACACAGAGCUCCACAUCACAGAGGGAGGGACUGCAGAGGUCAAUGAGGAACAUGAGGUCAGACAGAUUGAAACAGCAUCCAGGACAGCAGACAGAGCAGAAACCAGCAUCAGACCAGGAGACAUCUUCAAAGCCUCACCUGGUAGAUCUCAACCAAUCAGAACAGUGCUGACAAAGGGAGUGGCUGGCAUUGGGAAAACAGUCCUGACUCAGAAGUUCACUCUGGACUGGGCUGAAGACAAAGACAACCAGGACAUCCACUUCACAUUUCCAUUCACCUUCAGAGAGCUGAAUGUGCUGAAGGAGAAGAAGUUCAGCUUGGUGGGACUUGUUCAUCACUUCUUCACUGAAACCAAAGAAGCAGGAAUCUGCAGCUUUGAAGACUUCCAGGUGGUCUUCAUCUUGGACGGUCUGGAUGAGUGUCGACUCCCUCUGGACUUCCAGCACACUGAGUUCCUGACUGAUGUUACAGAGUCCAGCUCAGUGGAUGUUCUGCUGACAAACCUCAUCAGGGGGAAACUGCUUCCCUCUGCUCGCCUCUGGAUCACCACACGACCUGCAGCAGCCAAUCAGAUCCCUGCUGACUGUGUGGAGAGGGUGACAGAGGUCCGAGGGUUCACCGACCUCCAGAAGGAGGAGUACUUCAGGAGGAGGUUCAGAGAGGAGGAGCAGGCCAGCAGGAUCAUCUCCCACAUCAAGACCUCCCGAAGCCUCCACAUCAUGUGCCACAUCCCGGUCUUCUGCUGGAUCACUGCUACAGUUCUGGAGAAGGUGUUGAAGAGCAGAGAGGGAGGAGAGCUGCCCAAGACCCUGACUCAGAUGUACAUCCACCACCUGGUGGUCCAGGCCAAAGUCAAGAUGGUCAAGUUUGAUGGAGGAGCUGCCACAGAUCCACACUGGAGUCCAGAGAGCAGGGAGAUGAUGGAGUCUCUGGGAAAACUGGCUUUUGAGGAGAUGCAGAAAGGAAUCCUGAUCUUCUAUGAACCCGACCUGACAGAGUGUGGCAUCGAUCUCAGAGCAGCCUCAGUGUACUCAGGAAUGUUCACACAGAUCUUUAGAGAGGAGAGCGGCCUGUACCAGGACAAGGUGUUCUGCUUCAUCCAUCUGAGCCUUCAGGAGUUUCUGGCUGCUCUUCAUGUCCAUCAGACCUUCAUCAAGUCUGGAAUCAACCUGCUGGAAGAGACAACAACCAUUCAGCAAUCUCCACAACAGCUUCAACUCCACCAUCUCCAUCAGAGAGCAGUGGACGAGGCCUUGAAGAGUCCAAAUGGACACCUGGACUUGUUCCUCCGCUUCCUCCUGGGUCUUUCACUGCCGACCAAUCAGAGUCUCCUUCGAGGUUUGCUGACACAGACAGGAAGUAGCUCACAGACCAAUCAGGAAACAGUCCAGUACAUCAAGAAGAAGCUGAGUGAGAGUCUGUCUGCAGAGAGAAGCAUCAAUCUGUUCCACUGUCUGAAUGAACUGAAUGAUGGUUCUCUGGUGGAGGAGAUCCAACAGUCCCUGAGAUCAGGAUGUCUGUCCAAAGACAAACUGUCUCCUGCUCAGUGGUCAGCUCUGGUCUUCAUCUUACUGUCAUCAGAAGAAGAUCUGAAGGAGUUUGACCUGAAGAAAUACUCUGCUUCAGAGGAGGCUCUUCUGAAGCUGCUGCCAGUGGUCAAAGUCUCCAACAAAGCUCUGUACGUGGUUUAA